AUGAGUACACCAGUGUUGGGCAACAGUAGCAAUGGUGCUGGUGGUGGUGCAGCCCCAGUCAUGUUCAUUCUCAAAGACACAGAGAUCAUUCGUGCAUUGGCACCCGUCUCCAAAGACAUCAUUGUUCAAUGUCUACGCUCAGUCAAUCAAUUGUACAAACUGACCGUCGACGAAUCAAUUGAGAAGGUGCCCAAGCAGAAGCUACUGCACGUCAUCCAAGAGUGCAUAUGCUUCGCAGGAAUCGACGACUUCAUCGCCAGCAUCAACCCUCAAUCAUACACAAAGUUACUUCCACUGCUUGGUCCACAGGCUGCCGCGCUGAGUAGCCAUCCCCAUCUAUUACAAGGCGACAACAACAACAACAAGGACGAAGACGCAGGUGUCAUUCACGAGAAGGACGAGCAUAUACUAUCAUUCCUACAACAGUUGUCAUCAUGGGUCAAGAGGCGUGGCAUCAAUUGGCUGUUGGACGCGUCGGACUUGGCACUCAAACAUGAGUUCUGUGAUGCCUUGCACUUGGAACACGCAUCAGCCACUGACACAUUGAGCGAAUCAAUCACAUUAAUCAAUGAUUGCAUAAAGGAUGAGAUCAUUCUGCGUGGAACCGAGUCAUUCUUGCGUAAUAUCAAGGCGCCAAUCAUCAAGGCGAUGGCUGAGUGUUUGAAGAUCAAUAGGAUGGCCAGCAAAGAGGUGUUGAUUGAUAAGAUAUUGGAGACAAUGUUUGGCUUUAAACAGACCGAUGGUGGUGUUGAGACAUCGGCAGUCACAGUGGCAACUGCGGCAGCAUCGUAUACACCUCAGACCGUUGUUGCCACCUCACAUGGCGAUCAUUCUCCAUCACCAAAGACAACUCCAUCCAAACCCAAGCUACCAACACUCAAGGUCAAGAUACCAAUUGAUAUCAAGGCUAAACUACUUCAACAACAGGCCGCGCAGGCCUUGGCACAAUCACAAACACAACCUCAGCCACCACAGCAACAACUUCAAUUACAACAGGGACUAAACUUGUUGGGCAAGACAAAGAGGAUAAAGAAGCCCAAUCAGAAGUAUGGAGACUAUUUGGACUCGGACAGCAAGGUGUUGGAGGCAGAGGUUGAGGCCUACGAGGCAGCCGAGGUAGAAUACCGACCACAAACACCAAAGAAGAGAGGUGGAGGAGGAGGUGCAACAAAGAGAAAGCAAAUAGUAUAUGAAGAGGAAGAAGAAGAAGAGGAAGAGGAAGUUGUGGAGGAGCCAGAGAAUGAGGAAGAAGAGGAAGUAGAGGAUGUCGAUGGAGAUGACAACUCUGAUGGUGGUGGUGGUGAGGAGGAGGAAGACGAACAAGAUGGUGAUGAUGAUGAGGAGGUAUCAACAAAGAAGAAGUAUAUCCGCAAGCCAGUACCACCAUCCAUUCAUCCAAUAUCACUAAUUGUCAAAGGAAUUACCAAGGCAGAGUUACAUACAUUGUUCCACGCACCAGACCUACGCAGAUAUUGUAAAUUAAAUGGACUAAAGUCAUCUGGCAACAAGAAGGUGAUCAUGCGCAGAAUAGAGGCAUUCCUGGAACGAGAGAGUACAACACCAUCAUCAACUUCAACGCCAGGUUCAUCCAGUCCCAAUGCACAGAACAAGAAGCGCAAGAAGACAAAGAGAUAA